AUGGCGAUGUGCCGGGGUCUCAGCCCACCGCUGGAUGCCCAGCGCCCCCUCCCAGGGCUCACACCCGUACACAUCACUGCUGUCCCUGCAGGCGGCUGCUGCAGGACACGGGUGCUGGUGGAAAUGCUGCGAGCCACCCUUGGCUGCCCAACUCCCUCAGACGGAGCGGGAGCAGAGCCACAGCACGGCCGGGCAAGCUGCGGCCUUUCGGUCCCGCUCCUGGCUGGGGCGACAGGGAGACAGGGCGGCUGGGCCCGCGGCCCCUCCCUGACAGCCCCCAGCAAACACCAUCCCCGCACACCCAGGAGCCCCUUCCCCUCCUCCCCGCCCCGGCAGCUCCGGCCGUUCCUCCCUCGGCUCCGGCCGUUCCUCCCUCGGCCCCGGCCGUUCCUCCCGCAGCCCCGGCCGUUCCUCCCGCAGCUCCGGCCGUUCCUUCUUCAGCUCCGGCCGUUUCCCCCCGGCCGUUCCUCCCCCGGCUCCGACAGCUCCCACCCCGCCCCAAGGACCCAGAGCCGGAGAGGCCCGGCCGGGGAGGAGCCGAGGCCGGAGCAUCCCGGGGGCGGCGGGUCGGGCCUGCCCCGGGCCCGGCGGAGCUCAGCGACCCCCGCGCAGUCCCCGCUCACCAGCCCUAGCGCGGCGGGCGGCACCAGCGCGGUGCUGAGCGUGUGCCAGGCGGCCGAGAGCUCCAUUCGGGCCGCAGGAAGGGGCGGAGCGCCGCCGGCCGCCGCGAUGAGCGGCACCGGAGCCACGCUGCGGGGGCACCACGCGACGCUGCGGGAGGGGCUGUCGGAGCUCCGCGCCCGGCGGGACGAGCUGAGCGGGCGGAUCCAGGCCGAGGAGGCGGAGCGGGGCCGGCUGCAGGCGCGGAUCGCGACGCUCUCCCGGCGCUUGUCCGACACCAGCGAGAGCCUGGCGGGGCUCCGGUCCACCCGGGCCCACAUCGACCGCACCAUCGCCGAGAUGGACAUAGCCUCCGGGGAGACACUGGACAAUUCUCAGACAUUGCUAGAUAUCCUGAAGAAGGAAAUGAGGGAUCUUGAUAAAAUCAUUGAUCCACAAAACACUUCAUUAGGACCACGAAUACGUCGACAAAAGCGUUCCUAAACUUCUUCUUCAGCCUGGAAUGUCCUGUUGGCCAGAGAGAGCUGCUUUGUGGUCCAAAGAUGCCACAUUUAAUAAAAGCCUUUGCUUUGCAGAAGUAAA